CCGCCCUUGUAUUAAGCUAGUCAGGAAGGAGACGGCUGAGAGGCCGACACAGACAUCAACAAAAACAUCCCAGCCGCACUCCGGACAUAUGUGCUGCCCAGAAAAUGUCAGACGACAGUUUGUGCAGUACAAACUCUGCAUAUAAACAGUCACAAUCAGAAGAAGAAGAGCCUUUGCUGGAAAAUGAACACAAAACGUCGUAUUAUGUCCGAAGACCAGAGGAUCACUUUAACUGUACAUAUAUUAUGUUUUUUAUGUUAGGGGUAGGGUCAACACUCCCCUGGAACUUUAUUUGCACUGCAAAACACUACUGGAUAUACAAACUCAGGAACUGUUCCGAUGCACCAAUAGUGGAGAGUCCUGGCACCUCAGAUCUAAGUGAUUACUUUGAGAGCUAUUUCUCUAUAGCUUCCGCUGUGCCGGCAGUACCAUGCCUAGCGCUGAAUUUCAUCCUCGUCAACAGGGUGUCUCCGAAGACGCGAAUAGUCUCGUCACUGGUUGUUAUGCUUUUGAUCUUCAUUUUCAUCACUGUAUUGGUCAGAGUAGACACAUCCACCUGGACACAGGAGUUCUUCGCCUUGACUUUGGUCUGCGUGGCCAUUCUCUGUGGAGCAGCAAACGUCUUCACUGCCAGUGUCUUUGGGGUGACAGGAACCUUUCCAAUGAAACACUCUCAGGCGCUGAUUUCAGGCCAAGCUAUGGGAGGUACUAUCAGUGCACUGGCGGCAUUAGUAGAUCUAGCGGCUGCGUCUAAUGUUAUGGUCAGUGCUCUUGCCUACUUCCUCACUGCUGAUGUCUAUAUUCUAUUAUGCAUCGUUAUCUACUUGAUUCUUCCCAGAAUGGAAUAUCCCAGUUAUUAUAUGAAGAUAUGUGAUGAGAAAUUACCCAGUUCUUCACCUGGAAGUUCUUCUCAAGAUGCAGACGUCACCGUAGCCGGACCCAAAAGCAAGAACUCUCCGCCCCUGCGUCCCAUCAUCAAAAAGACAUUAGUGUUAGGGGCUUGUUUGUUUUACGUCUUUUUUAUUAGCAUUAUCAUCUUCCCAACCAUUUCUGCCAGCAUAGAGUCAGUGGACAAGUACUCUGGGAGUGACUGGACCUUAAAAUACUUCACCCCUUUAACUUGCUUUCUCAUGUACAAUUUUGCUGAUUUUUGUGGCCGUCAGAUAACAACAUGGAUCCAGAGCCCUGGACCAAACAGCAAACUAUUGCCCGCUCUAGUGUUGCUCAGAACGUUAUUUAUACCGAUGUUCAUGUUUUCUAAUUACCAACCCCGGAAACACAUAUACAAAGUGAUUUUUCAGAGUGACGUCUACCCAGUGAUUUUCAUCAGUCUUCUCGGGUUUAGUAAUGGCUACCUCGGAACGCUGUCUAUGGUGUACGGGCCAAAAGUGGUUUCUAAGGAACUGGCCGAGGGCACUGCAGUGGUCAUGUCUUUUUUCCUAAGCCUGGGUUUAGCUGUGGGGUCAGCCUUCUCUGCAGUGAUUGUACAUCUAAUAUAAAGCUUGAAAAGGCCUGUCAGUUAUUUUUUACAAAUUAACUGAGCUGGCUAGGCCGUCUCUUAUUGCCAUGACAACAGAGGAGUGCAUGUUUCUUGGCCACAAAUGCUCGUAGCCACACUGGCCAGCAAACAAAAUUAUGCUUCAUUUUUAUGUAAACGUAUGUACUUUUUUUUAACGAAUACAAACAGUGGAUCAUUACUUUUAAUUUGUUUUAACAACUGUUCCUUUUUAACAUGAUAGUACUAUUCGGUUAAUAAUAUUAUUAUUGUUAUUUUAUUUUUUUUAACUUCAAAAAAGCAAUAUUCUUCAUUUGGGAGCAUCAUGAUGUUGUAAACUGCAUUGUUUGUUCCAUUUAUGUCUUGAACUGCAUGAGAAAGGAUACAUUAAUAUAUGUAUGCAAUAAGCAUGAUCAUUUAUAGUGUAUAUAUAGGAAGCUGAGAUCUAAAAAUUAACUUUGUAUUUUCCUUUUUCAUACCCACAGUAGUAUACAGAAGAUGUAAAUUGUGACAAAUUUCUUAUCUACGGAGGGAUGGAUGUGAUGAUUUGUCUAUAAUUACUUAUAAGCAAUUAAAUCCCUUUACAGUUUGACAUAUUCAGAGCAUAACAGCUGCUACAAAGUAUACUUUUUAUUAAAGUACUUGAAUUCAACAUA